CGUCAGACAACAGACCGCGUACGACACUUUGACCGCCUUGAAAGAUAUCUUCUUCCCGAAUUUCAAGUGCAAAAUAACCCCACUAAACCAACAGUAACCAUUGGAGGUUAUAUCGAAAGGAUGAGCAAGGGCUGGUCAGCUGUCGUGGGCGUAGGCGUCGGUGUGGGCGUGGGAGCUCUCGUGGCAUGGGCGUGGCGGCGGUCCGCCAUUCCGCCAGAUAGCUGGGAGGAAGUGGGCGUGGUUUCAGAACUGGCCGUGUACCCUCUGAAGUCUGGUCGGCCUUUGUACGUCCAGGAAGCGGCGGCAACAGAACACGGCUUGUCUGUGGGUCCUCAUAAAGACAGGUCUUUCAUAGUCAUCUUGAAAGAAGGUUCCCUGGUGACAGGUCGACAGAAACCGAAACUCACCUUUGUCACGGUCAAAAUCGACGGCGACACGGCUACUUUCGAGGCCGAGGGAGCUGAAGGCCUUGCUAAGGUCAACCUCCAGACGGUGACCCAGGAAGGAGAGGCCGUAGACGCAAAUAUCUUCGGCGCUCCGGUCAAGGGCGUGGAUUGUGGCGACGCCGUUUCCCGUUGGAUGAGCGAAUUCCUUUACGAAGGACGGCGGGAGGUGAGGGUCCUUUACAGGCACCCGCAGAUGGAUCGGAGGGUUCAAAGACACGAAGGACUGGAAUUUCCGCAGUUCUUAGAUACGGACAAGGUGAUUUACGCAGACGUCAGUCCAUACCACAUAGUAACAGAGUCGUCCGUGGAAGACCUGAACACUCGCUUGGAAAAGCCCGUGAAACGAAAUCGAUUCCGAGGAAACAUCGUGGUUAAAGGAUCGAAACCUUACGAUGAGGACGACUGGGCUUACGUUAAGAUCGGCGAGGUCGUCUUGAGGAUGCUGCAGCCGUGUGACAGGUGCUCUUUUCCUACCGUUGAUCCAGAGACGGGAACUAAGGACCCUGAUAAGGAACCUCAGGAAACUCUCAAGACCUACCGAAUACUCAAAAGCCCAGAGAAGCUGGCUAAAUUAUGGGCCACGUCACCGAUGUUUGGAACCAUCUUGGGCAUUGACGUGUGUGGAACCGUGAGAGUGGGAGAGAAGGUCCUCGUCAAGAGAGCGUCAAGGAACCCAAAGUGGCGGUACUGGAAAUAAACGUUCCGAGAGGCGUUCGGUCCUUUUUUUCAAGAUCAUGGGCUAUGUGGUAAUGUUACUGUCUUUGCGUAAUUGAUUAAUAUUGAAUAAUAUAGUAUGUUCUGACUAAUAUAUAUGUAAAAUUGAAUGUGAUAUUAGUAUUUUUUCAUUACUUAUACAUCACAAUAGUAAGGUAAAUGCAUGAGAUGCAUUUGUAAAUAGAUCCAAUUAAUAAACAGAAUCGUAUCUGGAUAUAGUAGAAGAAAAAGUUUAUAGUAUACAGGUUUUCCACUUACUACUGUUCGUGAUAUUCCCAUAAUUGCCAUAAAUAUGAAUACUAUUAGACCCUUAGAUUUAGAUUUUUAGGUUUGACUUGCGAAAAAACGGUCAAUCACUCCUAAAGUACGCAUGACAUAUAGCGUGUGAUACUCUAGAUAUACCUUGCUCUAUUACAUGAUAAAACUACAAGGCCAUCGAAAGAUUAGUUGAGACAAUUCAUGGAUGCAGAUCACUUACAUCAUUUCCACUAGUCUUAUUUGAAAUGAUCCUUUAAUUAGUCCUCCAUAAAAGUCUUAACAAUAAAUCCUUUUGAUCGACACAAGUUCGACAAGACUGGGGACUUUUUAUCGCGUCCACUCCUCAGACCCAAUAGUAUUUAAGAGCCUUUAUAUGAGAUUGCAGUGAAUCAACUGUCCUCUUAUUUUGCUUUCAUGUGUAGGGUAUGAUCAUCAGUAUAUUUCAAAACCACUCUUACGAUCCUUGAAACAAGUGACAUGAAAAUGAUAAUUAUAAAUAAAAAAAUAAAAUAAAAUAAAUAGGUUAUCAGAAUCAGCCUUGUAUUUACUUUCGUUUUUUGUAUACGUGUGUAUAUAAUGUACAUGAACUGUCCUUGCACUUACCAAACUGUCCACUAUACCCAAACUCAGUCACUGGUACGAAUCAGUUCACACCACCAUUAAAUUGCUAUAAAUAUCAAGUCUUAAAUAUAAACCUUGUGGCAUUUCGUUCAGUGAUGAAUUACAAAUAAUUUUUAGAAUGCUUUUAAAGUGGCUUACAUUUAUUUGUAAAUCAUUAUGAGACUUCAGUGAUGUAUCAGUUAUAGAAAUAAAUAUAUGUCUGUGGAGAAUACUAAAUCCAACGAAUACAAUAUACAUAUAUAGCAGACUAUUAAAGAAUGUUCAUGUACAUAACCUGGGCAA